GGGGGUAGAUGGACAGAGGCCCCCAGGCCAGUGAGGAGGCCCCAUCACCACAGGGACAGUCCCAGGGCCUGAUGAGCUGACAGGUGGUACAGCACAGCCCAAGGACUCUUCGGAGGUGAAGGCACCUGCACCCCAGGUUCUGAAAUCCAGCUCUGCUGCUGCCAAGAUGCCCUCGCCACAGACAGUGGCCGCUGGGCCAGAGCUGCACAGCCCCAAGGAGCCUGUGGAGCCGCAGACCCCAGCUCAGGACGCUCGGCGGGCCAGCAGAGAGGAUGAGCCCAGUGCCCAUGGUGAGGGCUUGAGGCCUGGCCUGGGCACCCUUCGGCGGGCCUUCUCACGGGCGAGCCAGCGGGCCUCGGGCUGCGCUCCCCAGGAGGACCCAGGCCUGCUCAGGCGCAGCUCCCGCUUCUUGUUCCGGACUUUACGACGAGCUCUGGAUGAUGCCCUGGCUGCCGACCAGACCCAGACCACCGCUGUGCCAGGGGAGGCCCACGGCCGGGAGGUACCCUCAAGGGCCAUGGACAGUGUCAGCCGGCAGCCGUCCACUGGGGCGGGGCCUCUGGACCUAGAAGACAAACCUGUGGCCGACCUCAUCACCGAGCGGAAGCUGCUGGCGGCCUUCGAGCAGCUGCGGCACCUGGAGACUGAGCUAAUGGCCGAGAAAGCCUCCCGUACCUUCGAGCAGGACCCCACGGGCUUCGCGCGGCGCGCCAUGGACCUGUGCCUACACUAUGACAGGCUGGCGGCCGAGAUCUGCGCCAUCGUGCGCGAUACCCUGGGCCCGGCCGGCGUGGAAGCCGCCGCGCUGGCGGAGCUGGCCCGCGUGGUGCGCGCGGAAGAGGAGGCCCACCCGGAGGCCCCUGCAGACGGCGACUUUCUGCGCACGCCGCGCCACUGGCGCCAGCACUGGGAGGAUGCGGUGCGGCGGAGCGCGCAGGAGCGCGUGCAGCAGGCGGGCUCGCGGGAGGCCCCGGGGGCCGCUGAGGGUGCGUCCAGCUUGGCCCAUCUUCUGGCCCAGCUUGGCGGCUUGGUUCGCGACGACCUGCGGAAGGUGCAGCGGGAGGUGCACCCGGCUUAUGCGGCCGCCGACUUCCCGGCGUGGGAGGCCUACCUGCGCGCCUUCCACGGCGCGGUGGCCGAGCGCCUCCAGGAGCUCGCACAUGACGCCCGCGGCUGCGAGCAGCUCUACGUCCUGCUGGACUGGGCCGCCAAUGUCUACAGCAGUCCAGAUUUCCUGGGCUCCCAGGACCUGGCUCUGCUCUCGGAGCCCCUGCCCCCGCUCCUGGCACCCGAUGUGUGGGCCCGACUGGAGAGCGACUACACCAGCUUCCUGGAGACCAAGAUCGCUAGCUGCUUCGAUGGCAUCCUGCAGCUAGAGCAGAGUCGCUGGGCAGCUGCCGAGGCCCCCGACAUGCUUCAGGGCCACUACCAUACGCCACUGUCCAUCGACGUACACACGCUUGUGGCAGAGCACGUGAAGGCAGCCAGCGCUAUCUCCGCGGAGCUGGAGGCCACCACCUUGCGGAUCUGCGCACAGGCGCUUGGCCUCUUCCUGCCCAGGUUUCAAACGGCUUUUCUAGAGUCGGGGGCGGUGACAGAGCCUAACCUGUGCGCCAACAUCAAUGCCUGCGAGGAGCUCAGGACUCAUCUUCUGGUCAGGUUCCCGGGAAGCCUUGAAGAGCUGGAGAAGCCCCUGGUGGCUGCUGCCUGCGCCUUUCAGAAGCAGCUGCUCCGGGGCUUGCAGGGCCGUGUGCAGCCGCUCUUCAAGGCCCUGUGCACAAAGGCCUGGCUGACACAGGACGUGCUGCGGCCCCUCAUGGACAAGGUGGUGGCGUUUGCCCGCCAGCUCGAGCACGUGGCCCCACCCCGGGCGCAGGUAUGGGGGGCGGGCUGUGGUGGGGGCGUGCCCAGGGCCCCUACAAUUGACCCUGACCCCGCCCCCGCCCUGGCCGCCCAGGAGACUCUGCAGGAGGUGCACCGUUACGUUGUCCGCGAGUACCUGGCGCAGGCGCUGAGGCCACGCGAGCGGUUCCGGGGUGUGGAGCGCGGCUCUGAGGCCACGUGGUUGGACCAAGCUAUCCCGUGCGUGGCUGACAUACUGGGCGAGACUUACAAAGACGACAUCCAGCGGCACCUGGAGACACUCAUCGCGAGCUACCCCGACAUCAGGCGGGACCACGUGCUGGCCAUUCUAGCGCUGCGCCGACUGGGCCGCCAUCGGAACCAGCGCCUCUUGCGGCACGCCCAGGACCUGCUGAGGGCUGCGGCGAAGGCAGGGGGCUCCGGGGCUGCUGGGGGCCACGUGCUUUUCCAGGAGAUCGAGGUGCCCACCUCCAUGGAUGUGCUAAUCACCUGCAUCUAGUGGUCCUGGGCCUGAGAGGGAGCGGACCCCGGGUGGGGGGCUGUGGUUGGUGGAGGGUCAGCCCCCUUCCCCCAGGCACUGAGCCCCAAGGCAGGAGCUCAGGGAGGCCCUCUCAGCCCUGCCCCCAAACCUGAAGCCCAUGGUCAUGGAAUUUCCAUCCUCAGCCACGCAUGGCUGGUGGCCAGAAAGAACAGCCUCGAGAGAGGCAUUUCAGGCAUUUGUGGGGGAGGGCUUGGGGUGUCAGAAGUUCCCAUCAGUACGGCCCACCCAGGAAGCCCUCCCUGCCUAAGUCCAGCACCACCCCAGUCUGAAAGUGAAGAACAGCGUAUUUAUUUUUAAAAUAAACAUGAAUUAAAACGAUAUCUCCUUAAGAAGGGGCAGGCCAAGUUGACUUCAGGCAGGAGGUCUGGGUCCGCAUGCACCCAGGGGCCAGCCGGAGGUUCCCUGGUGACUCCAUUUGGUGAUGGCUCUUUCCUGCCCACUGUACCGAUGGGGAGACUGAGGUCUAGAACUGGGAAGGCCCACCCCUGUGGCUGCAGAGCAAAACAGGCUUUGACCCUGGGCCCCUGGUGCCAUGUGCCUAGUGAGCCUUGUCCAGUGGGGUGGGCACUUCUCUGUCCUGUUCUAAGCAGCCCUGUGCCCUGGGAGACAAGAAAAGGCCAAACCUUGUUCUGCAGCUUGAGGUAUUUGGGUUAGAUGUGAGAGGGACUUCCAAGCAGUGAAAGUUGUGUGCUGCUGCAGGGCAAGUGUCAACCUGCAGUGUGCAUAUGGGGGGUUGACCUGGCAGAUCUCGGCUCUGGAUGUGGGGCUGCAAGGAGAUUGCUCUGCUGUGCCCCUCCUCAUCCUUCUGUCACGAAAAGUUGGCACUGACAUUUGGCUCCAGCCUGCUGCGAGGCUGCUGGGAAACCCAUUUGCAUAGGCAACCUUGGGCUUGCCAGGAAGGCUGAGCUCUGAGAUGGGAAGAUUGCCGGGAUGCUGAAGUAGGCAGUGACAGGUGCCUCUCCCCUGGGGGGAACGGGAGCAGGUGCCAGGGGCAGCCUGUUCCAUGGGUGCACUUGGCCAGGGGUGGAGCAG